GUUUGGGCGCUGCACCGCGGCAAGAUGGCGGCCAGGGAGGAGGCGCUGAGGGAGUUCGUGGCCGUGACCGGCGUCGAGGAGGAGCGAGCGCGCUUCUUCCUGGAGUCCGCCGGCUGGGACCUCCAGAUUGCACUCGCCAGCUUCUACGAGGACGGGGGUGAUGAGGACAUUCUGACUCUUCCUCAGCCAGCACCCAGCUCCAUAUCCAGAGGCACUGCAGCCAGUGACCACAGAGUAACAUCGUUCAGGGACCUCGUCCAUGCGCAGGAGGAUGAUGAGGAGGAGGAGGAGGGACAGCGGUUUUAUGCUGGUGGCUCAGAGAGGAGUGGGCAGCAGAUCGUGGGUCCUCCCAGGAAGAAGAGCCCCAACGAGCUGGUGGAGGAUCUGUUCAAGGGAGCCAAGGAGCACGGGGCGGUGGCGGUGGAUCGGACGGCCAAGAGCGGCGAGAGCAGCAAGCCCAAACCCUUUGCAGGGGGAGGGUAUCGCCUCGGCGCCACUCCCGAGGAGGAGUCUGCCUACGUGGCAGGGGAGAGGAGGCAGAACGCUGCUCAGGAUGUGCAUGUUGUGCUGAAGCUCUGGAAGAGUGGCUUCAGCCUGGACAGUGGAGAACUGAGGAGCUACCAGGACCCAUCCAACGCCCAGUUCCUUGAUGAUAUCCGCAGAGGGGAGGUCCCGGCAGAGCUGCGCAGGUUAGCACGGGGCGGGCAGGUGAACCUGGAUAUGGAGGAUCACCGUGAUGAGGAGUAUGUGAAACCUAAAAGUGUCUUCAAAGCCUUUACAGGAGAAGGGCAGAAGCUGGGCAGCACCGUGCCCCAGGUGAUGGGCAGCAGCUCACCAGCCCAGCAGGCUGAGAACGAAGCCAAAGCCAGUUCUGCCAUCGCCAUCAAUGACUCGGAGCCCGUCACCAACAUCCAGAUCCGCCUGGCUGAUGGGGGGCGGCUGGUGCAGAAGUUUAACCACAGUCACAGGAUCCGUGACAUCCGGCUCUUCAUAGUAGAUGCCCGGCCAGCGAUGGCUGCCACCAGCUUCAUCCUCAUGACCACCUUCCCAAACAAAGAGCUGACUGAUGAGAACCAGACCCUGAAGGAAGCCAACCUGCUCAACGCCGUCAUCGUGCAGCGGUUGACAUAGGAGUGGCCGGGGCCGUGCCGGGGCCGUGCCGCGCGGGCUCACAGCUGCUCGUAGCUCUGGGUUCUUAGGUCUUGGUUGGACUUUUCAUUUUGGUCUUUCCUCUUUAGUUGCAUUUCCCAUGGUUUUUGGUUUUUGGUUUUGGUGGACUUGGUAAUAAAUAAACGAGAGGAAUGUGUUUUGGAAGGA